AUGGGAUGUGUGAUAUCCGUUUUGCUUUUUCUAGUCAUUUCAACCGAGCGGGUUUUUGCCACGAGAGGUGGUCUACCUCUGAGUAUCAGCUUCGAUCCCCCAGCCGAUCGAGUCCGAUUAGGUGCCCCGCUGACUGUGCGAUGUGAACUGGCCUCGGUGGACACGGGCUCACGCGUCCAAGGCCCUGUGACCGAUGGUGUGAGUAUGUUAUUGCACUGCCCAAUCGCACCGUGGGGAUCAUUUUGUUUUCUCAAUUGUAAAUCUGCUUGUGCGGAUGAGGAACCGGGCAAAUGUCCGUUUCUUCGAGAUUUGGGCAAUGUGAGUUGUCAGAAAAUUGUCACCCAAGAAGGUCUUGUAAGGUAUGAGUACAAAAUUCCCCGAUUGACCAAACAAUGGCUCACCCGGCGUGAAGCCCAAGAACCUGGAUUUUACUGUCGUUCGGCCGGACUGAAAACUCCGGAAGUAUGGCUUACAGCUAGUAAAGAUUCGCCACCGCCGGCCGUAAAGCCGGUGCCUGUUGAGACGCAUUUCACCCCCAAACCGGACAAUCCACCACCCGCCGAACCGUCGAAAGAAGAGUCAGUGAAACCAAGGCCCCCUGCCGUGGCUGGUCCGUCAGCGGACAAUUCAGUCCAACCUGCCCAGCCGAAGUUGAACGGGGAGACGAGAAAUGAAGCAGAGGAAACUAUUGUGAUUCCCAAAAGUGAUUUGGAAGCGAAAAUGCCGGAACCAGUGACCAAACUCACAGCCGAUCACAAGGAAGCGCAUGAGUUAUCUGCGACGGAAAUAUUUGUGAUGAUCGACACAAAGUUGACUGAACAGCUGUUUCGUCCUGUGUCCCCGUGUCCGGACUCGAACCGUGAAUCUUCGGGUUGGGACUUCAAAUCCUUAGCACUGAUCUACACGGUUGAUGGUCAUCGUCAUCUUUAA